AUAUGGCUGUGUAAACAAGUAGGAACUGACAUGGAUCUGUGCUCGUAGCCCGAUUUUCUACGGUAAAAUGGCAUCAAUCAUAUGCGAUGUCAUCGACAAGGACACAGUGCGAUGUAAUGGAACGGAUUACAUAGCCGAACAGAUAUUGACCUAUCAUGACGAAUGGUUUUGGAUAUAUCUCGGCAUCUAUGUCGGCCUGGUGCUAAUGGCUGGAUUGAUGUCCGGCCUGACAAUGGGACUUUUGUCACUCGACUUGAUGAGCUUAAAAGUAAUGAAGGAUGGAGGAACGCCUACAGAAAGGAAACACGCUAAGAAGAUUUUACCUGUCGUCUCUCGCCAUCAUCUCCUACUUGUUACCCUGCUCUUGGCAAAUGCUGCUGCUGUAGAGUCGAUGCCAAUCUUCCUGGACAAGAUUUCUGACCCAAUCAUAGCCGUUGUUGUUUCUGUUACUGCUGUACUUAUAUUUGGGGAAGUAAUCCCACAAGCUAUAUGUACGAGGUUCGGGUUAGCCAUUGGAGCAGCAUUAGCUCCGCUGGUGUACUUUCUAAUGGCUAUUUUCUACGUCAUUGCUUGGCCCAUGUCCAAGAUCUUGGACUGUGUGUUGGGGAAGGACCACACCACAUUCUAUAGGCGAGCCCAGCUCAAGGUCCUGGUCAACCUCCAUGGUCCGAAUGGCUCGGCUGUCCAACCUGAAGACUCAUCUGAAGAACAUCAGGGAGAACAUCUCUCCAUUGACGAAGUUCUCAUCAUACAGGGUGCCCUGGACAUGAAGACCAAGACAGUCAAGGUGGCCAUGUUACCUCUGGACGAUGUCUUCAUGUUGAGUAUCACAGACAAGAUGGACAAGGCCACAAUGAUGAUUGUCAUGGAAAAAGCUCAUUCACGGGUCCCCAUCUAUGACGGUCCAUACACUAACAUUGUAGGGGUAUUACUGGUUAAAUCUCUGAUAUUCCUUGACCCUGAAGAUGCCACACCCAUCAGCAGUCUGCUCCACACCCAGGCAGGGAGGAAUGUCAUGUUUGUUGAUGAGGAUAUGCCCCUGUUUGACCUACUCAAUAUAUUCCAGACUGGUAAAAGCCAUAUAGCUUUUGUACAGAAGAAUUCCUCCGUGGAGAGGUAUGAGGACCACACUGAUGAUGUCCAAUUAUUGGUCACUACGGCUGAAGACGAUCUAAUCAGUGGUAGAACUCAGUCAUCAGGACCAGUGAUAGGUAUCAUUACCUUAGAGGAUGUGAUUGAAGAGCUCAUCCAGGAGGAGAUAAUUGAUGAGACGGAUGUGUAUGUAGAUAUACAUAAGCGAAUACAGGUAGCAAGGGCACAGAAAGCCAGACGAGACCAGCGGAUUCUGCUUAGUCGCCAGGUCUCCAAGGAGAACCAGGGGGCUGCCUCCGAGGGGGUUGACCCUCAGGAAUUAAUGGAAUCUCUAGACCUUGUGAGUUUCAAAGAAAAAUUGGUUAGCCUGAUACUCUUCCUGUUUUUUCCUUUCUUAUUAAUGGGAAUGUAUUCAAUACAGAACUGUUUUUAUUGUAUUUGA